AGGCAGUUCGCUGUCCGCGGCCGCUGAGGCCCCGCGGGGUCGGAAGGAGCCUGCGCGGCCUGUCAGCACGUGACCAACACUCUCUCCCUACGUAACGCCCACUCCCCUCAGCAACCCCUCCCCGUAGGGGAGUUCCUCCGGGAGGACCGAUCUUCCGGGUGGAGGGGGAAGCGGCGUGACUGGAGUGGAAAAUUUUUUCCAACACAACUUCGCAGCUGCAACUGAUUGAAGGGAGCACAAGAAAGCAGGAGUAUAGGCUGGGAUGACUGAAUGAAACUUCUGCUCUUCUUCCUGACUUUUUAACCACUCGACUUAACACGAGCCGCGGUUGCCUUUCCCACCCCCUCGUCUUGGUACGGCCCUUGGAGUACGGAGCCUGCAGAGGGUCCCACGCUGGAGGAGAGAGAGAGGAGGAGUCGGAAGAGACAUUAGAGGUCACCCAAAGCAGCCGUCCCCUCUGCAGCCUCUCUGACAAGUGACCGAACAUUCUUCACGCUCUGAAAGGAAAAGGAGAGACUCAUUCGGGAUGUUUGACGGUUAUGAUAGCUGCAGUGAGGACACGAGUAGCAGCUCCAGCUCUGAGGAGAGUGAAGAAGAAGUUGCUCCUUUACCUUCGAACCUCCCAAUUAUCAAAAACAAUGGACAAGUGUACACGUACCCAGAUGGUAAAUCUGGCAUGGCUACCUGCGAAAUGUGUGGGAUGGUUGGUGUGCGAGAUGCUUUUUACUCCAAAACUAAGCGUUUCUGUAGCGUUUCAUGUUCACGAAGCUAUUCGUCAAACUCCAAGAAGGCAAGCAUUUUGGCCAGACUUCAGGUAACGGGUAAGCCUCCAACAAAGAAAGCGAAAGUUCUUCAGAAACAACCUUUAGUUGCUAAACUAGCCGCAUAUGCUCAGUAUCAAGCUACCUUGCAAAAUCAAGCAAAGACUAAAGCAGCAGUAUCCAUGGAGGGCUUCAGCUGGGGUAACUACAUCAAUAGCAAUAGCUUUAUAGCAGCUCCGGUUACCUGCUUUAAACAUGCACCUAUGGGGACCUGCUGGGGUGAUAUCUCAGAAAAUGUGAGAGUAGAAGUUCCCAAUACAGACUGCAGCCUACCUACCAAAGUCUUCUGGAUUGCUGGAAUUGUAAAAUUAGCAGGUUACAAUGCCCUUUUAAGAUAUGAAGGAUUUGAAAAUGACCCUGGGCUGGACUUCUGGUGCAAUGUCUGUGGCUCUGACAUCCAUCCAGUUGGCUGGUGUGCAGCCAGUGGAAAGCCUCUUGUCCCUCCUAGAACUAUUCAGCAUAAGUAUACAAACUGGAAAGCUUUUCUAGUGAAACGACUUACUGGUGCCAAAACACUUCCUCCCGAUUUCUCACAGAAGGUUUCAGAGAGUAUGCAGUAUCCUUUCAAACCUUGCAUGAGAGUAGAAGUGGUUGACAAGAGGCAUUUGUGUCGCACGCGAGUGGCAGUGGUGGAAAGUGUAAUUGGAGGAAGAUUAAGACUAGUGUAUGAAGAGAGUGAAGAUAGAACAGAUGACUUCUGGUGCCAUAUGCACAGCCCGUUAAUCCAUCAUAUCGGUUGGUCUCGAAGCAUAGGCCAUCGAUUCAAAAGAUCUGAUAUUACAAAGAAACAGGAUGGACAUUUUGAUACACCACCACAUUUAUUUGCUAAGGUAAAAGAAGUAGACCAGAGUGGGGAAUGGUUCAAGGAAGGAAUGAAAUUGGAAGCUAUAGACCCAUUAAAUCUUUCCACAAUAUGUGUCGCGACUAUUAGAAAGGUGCUGGCUGAUGGAUUCCUGAUGAUUGGGAUCGAUGGCUCAGAAGCAGCAGAUGGAUCUGACUGGUUCUGUUAUCAUGCAACCUCCCCUUCUAUUUUCCCUGUUGGUUUCUGUGAAAUUAACAUGAUUGAACUUACUCCACCUAGAGGUUACACAAAACUUCCUUUUAAAUGGUUUGACUACCUCAGGGAAACUGGCUCCAUUGCAGCACCAGUAAAACUAUUUAAUAAGGAUGUUCCAAAUCACGGAUUUCGUGUAGGAAUGAAAUUAGAAGCAGUAGAUCUCAUGGAGCCACGGUUAAUAUGUGUAGCCACAGUAACUCGAAUUAUUCAUCGUCUCUUGAGGAUACACUUUGACGGAUGGGAAGAAGAGUACGAUCAGUGGGUAGACUGUGAGUCCCCUGACCUCUAUCCUGUAGGGUGGUGUCAGUUAACUGGAUAUCAGCUACAGCCUCCGGCUUCACAGUCGUCAAGAGAAAGCCAAUCAGGUUCUUCAAAACAGAAGAAAAAGGCUAAGUCCCAGCAAUACAAAGGACAUAAGAAAAUGACUACAUUGCAGCUGAAGGAGGAGUUGAUAGACGGAGAGGAUUAUAAUUUCCUCCAAGGAGCAUCUGAUCAGGAAAGCAAUGGCUCUGCCAACUUCUACAUCAAACAAGAGCCCUGAGAGGGCUCCAAAACUGAGGGCGGGAGGGGAAGAAUUUUACACAGGACUGAUUUAUAAUCCCUCGAGCUGUACAGCGGGGCUAUUCUACUGGGACAUUUUGCUAAACAUAGAAAAUUUCAGUUCCAGAUUUUUCAGGUGGGUGGGGAAACUAUUUUAGUCGUGGGGGGAAAUUUUUCAAUUUAUAAAGAUGGACAAUUUUUGUGUUGUAUUUGAAGCUUUUGAAAGAAUUUUGUAAUAUUUUCCAAGUUUGGAUUUAUGUGCAUUGUUAACAACUGAAAUUCUAACUUUUUGGUAAGAUUAAAGUUUAGGUAGCAGGAUUGAAGGAAAUGAUUUAAGAAGGAUAUAGUUGUAAAUGCAAAUGAACUGUCAUUACAAAUGAACCUUUUUUGGUACCUGUUGGGAAAUUUUUGGGAUUUUAGAAGUUAGGCCAGUCACAUCUCCAGCUUCCUUUGCUGCAGAAAUAUGCAACUGAGCCCCCCUCUCGUGGAGGGUUCAUCACCACAUAGAUCAUGGAAGGGGAAUUAAAUCCGCUUGGUGGCAUUUUGUUGUAGCCCAUUUUAAAUGUUUGUACAGAAAUGUUUUUCAUUCUGUGAAAAUUUAUUUGGAGUUCUAUAUGAAACUGGAAGAACUCUGAUACUUUUAUAUGUUCUCUUUUAAUUAAAAAAUGAUUAAAAUUAUCCUAACACUAAAGUGUUAAACUGGAAUGGUUAACCAGAUGAACAGGAUCUCAGUGUACACGUUGAGGGGUUGGGGAAAGUAUAAUAUUGUCCUUCGUUCGUUUUCUUUUCCUUACUAAAAGGCACCCCACAAGAGGGAUUCUAAUCCGUUCUCUGCCAUUUCCCUCCAUCUGUUAGAUAAUACUUAAUAUAACCACACCCCAAAACAGAUGUUCUUCUGUAUAACCAGUAGAAUCAAAUCAAAAAUUGUUUAAAGCCAAAAAUCAGUUUAGAAUUCAAAAUCAUUCCAGCUCUGCUUUUAACUAUCCUGGCUUUGUUUAAAAAAAAAAAAAAAAACUAAUUUGAAAGAGAAUUUAAUUUUCUUAAAAUUCCAUAUAUA